AUGGCUGAUGAAACUGCAGCCUUGACGACAUUCGAGAUGACGGUUCAAGCGCUUGGUCGUCAACAGAUCGUUAGAUAUGCAGAUGUCUGCAGCACCACGUUCCUCGUCUAUGAUAUGAUUAUCAAUCUACAGCUCGAGGUUGAGCACAUUUGGACAAGAAAAUGGUCAUUCUUCACUGUUUUAUACAUCCUCCAACGUUAUCUCCCGUUAUUCGACACCGCGGGGUUGACACUUCACUACGACUUGGGAGCGAAUUUGAGCACUCAUUAUUGUGCCUUGAACUACAAGAUCGCCACAGCGUCGUUCAUGGUCGGCGUUAUGCUAUCUGAAGUGGUUUUAGUAUUCCGUGUCUGGGCAGUCUGGGAGAGGAGUUUCCUGGUAGCCAUAGGACUUGUCGUGUUCUUCCUCGCCUGUUGGGUGCCUGGCUCUUUUAUGUUAGUGCAAUUCGUCAAGGCCACGGAAUUCGCGACUCUCCCAUUCCAUAAUUUUCGUGGAUGCUUUGUCGCCGGUGGAAGUCAUAUUCUAUACUUGGUUUGGGUGUUGUGGAUGGUGUAUGACGCUGGUACAUUGGUGAUGAUUCUCAUACCUGGAGUGGCAACAUACAGGAGGGGUGGAAGAUCGGAGCUCGUUGAAACCAUAUAUCAAGACGGCGUCAUUUACUACGCGCUGAUAUCCUUAAUCUCGAUAUUCAAUGUGGUCGUCAUCCGCACACUUCCGCUUGACUUUGUCUAUCUCUUGUCGUCAUUCCAGCGUGUAUUGCAUUCCCUUCUAACCAGUCACGCAAUCCUCCAUAUCCGUCAAGUAUGCUUGCAACAUUCAACACAUCAAACGAUGUCGCAGAUUCAAUUCGGACGAAACGCGCAUCUCUCGUCCUUCCAUACCGAACUGCAGAAUACAAAUGCAGAAUCGCUGCCAAAGCCAGCGGAUAUCGAGACGUAG